AUCUCUCCCGUCCUUUUUUUCUGUUUUGUUGUGCCAGGAGAAGUUUUGGAAAAGAAUGAUACGCCUGUAAAUAUAUACGAUUAUAUUUGGAGAGAGAGAAGGUGAAGCAAUGGGGUGUUUCCUCUGCUCUGGCGAAUCGUCAGUUUCCAAGAAGGACCCCAAGAAAAGGAUAAUUGAUAGAAAAACUAACCGGUGUGAAACAAGCAAUCAUGCGCAAAACUCACAAGAUAUGCGUAAAUUUAGUUUGCCUAAUGUUGCGAGGGAAGAUCGCCCUGUUGCAAAGGAGGAGUCAGAUGGCAGUGGUGGUAAUGACGAGGCCAAAGUGCGGACUUUUACCUUUGCCAACUUAGCUGCUGCAACCCAGAAUUUCAAGGGAGACAAUUUCCUUGGAGAAGGAGGUUUUGGAAGAGUUUAUAAAGGUCGUUUGCUAGACACCGGUGAGCUUGUGGCUGUCAAGCAGCUUGAUCGCGGUGGGUCUCAGGGGAUUAGGGAGUUUGUGGUUGAAGUUAUGACGUUAAGUAUGGCUAACCACCCCAAUCUUGUUAACUUGAUCGGGUAUUGUGCUGAGGGUGAUCAGAGGCUGUUAGUCUACGAGUACAUGCCUCUAGGUUCUCUCGAGGAUCACUUACACGGCCCUAAACUGAAAAGAAAGAAGCUGGACUGGAACACAAGGAUGAAUAUAGCAGCUGGUGCAGCCCAAGGCUUGGAGUAUAUGCACGACAAGAUGAAAACCCCCAUUAUAUAUCGAGACUUGAAGGGUUCGAAUAUUUUGUUAGGGGAUGGAUAUCAUCCCAGACUAUCCGACUUUGGUUUGGCUAAAGUUGGGCCUUGCGGUGAUCAGAGUCAUGUUUCCACCAGAGUAAUGGGCACUUAUGGAUAUUGUGCCCCCGAUUAUGCGAUGACCGGACAACUCACCUUCAAAUCAGAUAUCUAUAGUUUUGGUGUUGUGCUUCUGGAGAUUAUCACGGGAAGGAGAGCCAUUGACCAUAGAAAAUCUGGUCCAGAGGCAAAUCUAGUCUCAUGGGCAAGGCCGUUAUUCAAGGACCGGAAAAGAUUCCACCAAAUGGCAGAUCCAGCGUUGGAAGGGCAAUACCCGGUGAGAGGGCUGUACCAAGCUCUAGCAAUCGCUGCAAUGUGCGUCCAAGAGCAACCAAACAUGAGGCCCCUCGUUGCUGAUAUUGUCACGGCCCUCAACUAUCUUGCCUCACAGACCUAUGAUCCGAGCGUCCCAGGCCCCAAUACUCUGCGUAGCAGAUCAAAAGGAAAUAGCGAGCGCAACAACCACAACGACAACCAAGUCCAGGGACGGCUCAGUAUCUAGUUGCUUCCACUCUCAUCAUUUUUUACCAUCACAUGGAGUUAACUCCUACUCAGCUCUUUAUGUAAAUCCACACUUUUGGAGAAA